CGCAACGAAUGACAACAUUCACAUUCAAUGUAAAAUUAUUAAGUCCUCAUAAUGACUGAAUAAAGAUCAUAUUAAUCAGUUCACCGCUGCUUAUUUCAUUUCGAGUUGUCAAUUUCAAAUAUAAAGUCGGUUAUCUCCUGAGGUAAGAGUCCUGUUUUAAAUCCUCGUGAUGUCCUAGUUCCUCUGUGUUGAUUAGGAUUUCACUCGCCAACUCUGUUAGUACGACAGUAUUUUUAUUUAUCGUUUAUCGAAUAUGCGGAACUGCACGGGCUUUCGUCCGAUCAUCGACGUUUGCAUAGAUAUUUUUGCGUUUUUGUUAUUUUUCCACGUCUCGCGUCGUUCUUUUGUUGUUGUUUCUAAUUCCUGUGUUUUUAUUUAUGUUUUCGUCGCAAUGUUUUUAGUUAGUAUUUUGUGGAUUAUGAAAGCGUCUUCAUUUAACAAUAGUAUUUUUUGCUGGUAUCGUUGCAUGGGAGAUGCGAAUAGCUGACAUCGGAGUAAAGCUAGAGCACCUUCUAGAUUAAUUCAUCUCGGUGCUACUACGUGGUGGCACAUGCGUACUGCAUAUGCAUGAUAUUUGUGGUAAUGCCUAACAGAUACACACCGACCUGCGGCUGUAGUGUGCCCUUAAAAUCCUCGGACUCUAGGACUGAGCUAUCCAAUGUAACGGCGGACAAGCCUAAAUCGUUGAAUGGCAAUGCCGUCGAUGUUCGCUCUUCGAGAAAAACUGAGAAGAUUAAAGGGCGGCAUAACAGGAGCAAAACGAGGGCGUCCGACACGGGCAGCAGCGGUUUGAUUCCCCAGCAGACGAGACUUCCGAAAAAUAACGCAGAGCAGAAGAAGAGGCCGAAUUCCUCGCGGAGAAGUAGAAGCGCUGAGCGUUCUGAAUCUCAUUAUGUUUACAUCGAUUCUGACGAUUACACGAGCAGGGAUGAGGUGCAAGUGGUCGCUUACGCCACUUCCCCGAUGGUUCCCGAAAGCAGUGCCAAUGCGACUCCAACCUACAGUGUUCUUCCGGAUGUACCGUCUCGCAAUUGCCAGCGGAUAUACGCGAUCCCCUCUAUGACAUCGCCCCCACCCACGUAUGACGUCGCAGUCGCCAAGUCAUGGCAGACUGGACUCCCGCCCUCCUAUGAAGACUAUUUAUGCCACAAAUACGCAACACUUUCGCGAUCGCACACCCCCCCGCCGCCGUGGUCCCUCUCCACCUGGGACUCCCUGGAAAAUCGGCCUGAAGGGCGAGAACACUCGUCGCGAGUAGCAGCCCCGAACAGUAACGGCCAUAAUGUCUAUCAGUCCCAGACCGACAUCGUCCGGGAUGCGGUCAACGGGACGAAUCCCAACAUGAUCUUCAGGAAGCACGUCAGGCAGCAGAGAUUACGAGCCAUGAGUCGCAGAUCAUCAAGCGAGAGCCGCGCUCACCAACAAAGACUUGCAACCAUGUGCGAGGACGGGGCAUUCUGCAUGGAAACCACUGUCAUUCAAUCGGCCUUCGAGGACGGCGUAGCAUUCUGCAGUCUAAUGUAGAUUACACCACCACCAGAGAGCCAAAACUUGAGGAAAUUCAGGAAUUUCAGCUGAGAGCAUUAGUCACACGGAAAAAGAACUUGAUUCAAGUAUACUUCAUACUCGAAUGGGGGACGGGUGUUUCAAUUCGAGGACGAUUACUUCGUGUCAGCCCGGGUCGUACCAAGCGCUCUCAAGUGUAAUGUAAGGGUCAGACACCAAGUGUGAGACUAUAAGGGUCAA